UUCAAGGUGCACAAUUUUGUGUUGAUUCGGUCUAAGUUUUUUGAAUGGAAAGAUUACAUCAAAUAUUGCCUUUACUUUGAAUAUUUCACUACAACGUAACAAAUCGAAUUUCAUUGAGGUCAUUGAAAUUGUGGUGCCUCAACAUUUUUCCAAUCGUUUGCCGUUCGGUGAAGCAUUCGUGGCAAAAAUCCUCAUUCAUCUUCCAAAAAGGGAACACAUUCGAAGCGUUCCGGCAUUCUUGUGUAGCGUUCGUGGUGCAGUGUUGUUUGUUUAUUAUCAAUUACGCUUCGGUGGCAACACCUGAUUCCAGUGCUCGGCAAAAUUAAACCGACAGCAAAGUGUGAAAUUGUGUGUUAAUUUGUACGCAAACUAAACAUUCGGGAUUGAUUCGUGCUUGGGAAAGUUGCAUCAGUGUCCGUCCCAAAGGCAGUGCCAGUGUGGCUUGGCUAGUGACUUUGAUUGAUAGGUGCUUGUGGAGCAACACACGUCUAUUAUUUUACGAUAAACGCAUUCACCCAGCAAUACAAUAUGGAGGCUUUCGGCUCGACUCAACCGCAGCAGGGUCACCACCAGCAGUCCAGUGUCGUAUCGGAAUGGGAGGACAACAUCGUGUUCGAUCUGGACGAUCCGGAUUUUUCCGGAGAACCCGGAGCGAACUGUGUGCUGUCCACCGUACCGACCGCCAGUGGACCGGUCCGGUCAAGUACCUUCAGCUUCAGCAUCGGUACAUCGCACGUGCCCGUCAAUGUGUCGCGGUUUCUCAAAGUUCCAUCAUCCACGAUGUCGGUUGCCAGCGUACAAGCCCCCCAUCUGGCCGAACUGUGUUCGUCGUUAAGCAGCCGCGCCAGUUUGAGCCUAUCAUCGUCCCUGUCGGAUCUGGUCGGAAGUCCUUCGAUGGUCAGCUCGGCAGCAGUGGCGGCAGCCGCCUUCGAAGUCAGCUCCGAGGCCGUUCUAACCAUCGAAGACUUGCGGGCCCAGUUGGGUUCGUGUUUCACCUGCGGCGUGAUGUGGGUGGACCAGCAGGUUUCGCUCGAUUGCUCUGAGUGCGGAGGCUACUGCCUGGAACGGCCCUGCAUGCUCUGUGACGGUGUGUGCGGACAGCUGUGGAAGCGCGAUUUCACCAUGAGUCACGCCUGCGGUAAGGCACGAUGGCAAGGUGUGUGCACCAAGUUUCCCCCUGCGGCUCAAAUAAUCCAGCUGCAAUCGGCACCCCUGAGCAGUUGUGCCAGCUUCAGCAGCCAUCAUCAGCUGAUGCAAUCGGCGGCGACGGCAACCGCCGCCGGUUGUCACCAGAACGCCAGCCAGCAGUUCCUGCAGCAGGAACUGUGCGCGCGUUUGGAGAAACUGUCCGCGACCGCACACAAUUGAGAUCGCGCGGAGCCUAGGAGUCGAGGAAGUCUUCCUCUUAUUUUGUGAAAAGCUAAUAGUGUAGGAUUUGAUUGUCGUUUUUCAUAAAUGUACAUUAAAUGAUUUCGAGCUUAGCGACUACAGGUAUAGGCAUAGGAUUGAAACCAACAGAGAAUACUACCCGAGCUUCGGUUCUGGCAGCUGUAUGAGUUCCUAUUUAGUUGAGUCACAAAAAUUUAGAACCGAUUAGAAAAUGAACAAAUUGUUUGAAAUUAAUCAGUCCAACCAAACAGAAAUUGUUUUUAAUGUUGCAUUUACAGACUGGAAUAGAAUCAACGACUGUAGCGUCAGUGUUACGCAUCAAAUGAGGAAAAACUGCAUUUUUGAAUGUCCUCAAGCUAUAAGUAAACAGAUCUGAAGAAAUAGAUGAGUGUUAUCCAACUGUAACAACACUUUCGGCAAUCGCAUUUGUAUAUUUAUUUGCACAUGUGAGCAUAUACAUAUAUUUAGAAUAUUGCCUAUUAAAAUAGAUACAGACUGGACAAAUAGACAGCGAUCAUCUUGCGCUAGAAAUGGAAUGUUUUUCUGUGAAAAACGUUUACCGUGUAUCUGCUAGGGAAUAAAUAGAAAUAUCGAUAAAUUAACGAUAGAAGAGGACAGAUUUCGGCAUAAAUAUGUAAGCAGUUUUUCGUAUUAUGUUUAAUCAUUGUGGUCUUAUUAUAGUUUUGCUUUACAUUGAAAGAAGAUGUAAAACUAGAAUUAUUUAAUAAAAUUAUUGGAAAGUA